CCCUCCAUAUACCCCGUGAUAUCCAAAACAACAUAACAAAGUGGGGGAAACAUGGCGAGCGGAGAGGAGGCCAGAAGACGCCCCUCGGUCCCCUCCUCUUCAGUCGGGCUGGAGUCCCUGUUCCCCGCGGGGUCUUCGGAGCAGGCCUGCGGGGACGUGAACCCGGAGCUCGUCCGCCUGCGGGAGCGUCUCCAGGGCUGGCUAUCGCAGUAUGAGCCGCUGCUGCUGUGGCUGCAGAGGCUGCUGGUGUGGGAGAGGCCGCUGUACAGCAUCAUUGUCGCCCUGACACUCAACACGUUAUUCUGGCUUCUGUCCUCCACCUCCCUGCGGCCUCUCUUCCUGCUCAGCGUGUCCCUGCUGGGGCUCAUGCUGCUGGAGAGAUGGAAGCCCAAGUUGCCCAUCAUUACCGUCCAACAUGCAGAGGCUCACCCAGUGCAAAGUGAAACAAUGAGCGAGGAGCAGCGUUUGCUCAGCGUUCCUGAACUCAGUCACCACCUGGCUGAGAGCUACCUAACCUGCUGUCUCUACCUGCAGGAGAUGCUGCAGUAUAAAAGGCAGAACCACGGCAAGUUCUGUGUCAUGAUGUGCAGUGGCUGUUUCGUCCUCGCCGUGGUGGGACAUUAUGUACCAGGAAUCAUGAUCUCCUAUAUAAUAGUGCUGAGCGUGCUGCUGUGGCCUCUGGUCGUCUACCAUGAACUGAUCCAGAGGAUGUACACAGGCCUGGAGCCGAUCCUGAUGAAACUGGACUACAGCAUGAAAGGAGAUACUGAACACCGCAAGCACGACAAGAGGAAGGUGAAGAAGGAGGGGGAAGAGGGCGACGAACCGAGAGCUGAAACGGAGAGCGAGAGCGAGGAGGAGCUGUCCUGUUUUGCCCCAACGGUUGAUGUGAAGACCACCGCUCUGGCAAUGGCGAUCACAGACUCUGAGCUGUCCGAUGAAGAGGCAUCAAUCUUGGAGAGCGGAGGCUUCUCGGUGUCCAGAGCCACCACGCCUCAGCUCACUGACGUCUCUGAAGACUUGGACCAGCAGAGUUUACACAGUGAUCCUGAGGAGGCCUACCUGCGGGAUCUCCCUGAGUUCCCUUCAGUGGAGGAGUUCCCGUCCAUGGAGCACAACCUCCUCCACUUCCCCCUGCGAGGCCCGGGUCAGGCAGAAGGAGCCCAGGCUGGAGCUCCGUCAGAGGGGGAACCUCUGAGCCCGGCCAGCCUCCUCAUCCAGCACCUGGCGUCUCCGCUGCAUUUUGUGAACACGCACUUCAACGGACACGGACGACCACCUGGAGGAGAGGAGGCCACGCCGCCAGGCGCAGCGAGGGCAGAGGCGGAGGGGAAGGAGACUGCCGUUACCCAGGAUGCACAGCGGUCUUUGGAGGCCUUGAGUGAGGAGAUAGUGAGCACGGCCAUCUCCACCGUGGUGCAGAACACUCUGUCAGCUCUGCUGCGCUCCUCAGAGGCCAGUGAAGAGCCUACACUAGCCGAGUUCCUCCCCACCGAAACCCCUCCCAGCGCUUUGGAGAUCUCUGCCCAGCCUGUCGACACCGACGCUCACACUACCGCCACUACAUUAGGGCCGCUGGGGGCCGCCGACGACCUGGAGGAGACGGCGGGGAGCGGCGUGGGAGAGGAGGUACCCGACGACACACUGGUUCCAACUGAAGACGAGGACUUUGAGCUUCUGGACCAAAGUGAACUGGAGCAUUUGGAUGAGGGGCUGGACCUCGGCUCUGACAGAGGAGCCUCAGAGACAACGCCAGCCAGUCAGCAUCAACCACAGUCAUAGCUUCCUUGUCCCCCCCCGCCCCACCUCCUACUGUUUUAUUUUUAUUUGUACAUUAGAAUGACAUUAUAUUCAUACAUACGAUAUACAAAACAUUUAUCAGAGAGUUUAAUACAGGUGGUCAGUGAUUGUGGAAAAGAUGGUGGAAAUUAUGGGUGCUCUGCUUUGACAUUACAAGGGUCAAACUUCACUUAAUCAUAGCGCAGAUAAACACACAGCUUCUCUGUGUUUACCUAAAUACACAAAUUCAACCAGACAUCACCAAAAUACAGUUAAAGGAGAGUUUUUGUCAUGUUGUGCUUCCUGUUUGUCACAGAGCAGGUUUAAGGCUGAACUAGUUCAGGUUACAAACUCAAAGGCAUCAUUAUUGUCAGGGAUAGCGAAGCAUUUUACUCCUGGCUCUUCUUGAUAAUCUGAUCAGAAAAG